UUCAGUUCUUCCGUUUGCUCACGUUAGCUCGUCGACCUUUAGAUUUCAUGAUCUGUAAUACUAAUUACUUUUCAUUGCAUUGGAUUUAUAGGAAAGUAGUCGAGUGGGUUUAUAUUUAAAAAAAUGGAGUCUAGUGUCAACUAUGUGGUCAAAGUAAAAGAAGAACCUCAAGAUAUGUGCUAUAACGAAAUUGAUGAUAGCGGAAAGAAAAAUCAAGCAGCUGAUACUAAAAAUUUGCGAUAUCUCAGAUGUGAACAAAAAAACACCAUUCAUACACUUGAAGAACCCGAAGGAAUUAAUGGAUUUCAACCUAACCAAGAAAUUAAAGUAGAGUUCGAAUGCAAAGAUGUGAAGCCGAACGUGAAUUUAUCAAUACCCAAUCAAGCGGGCGGAGGAAUUCAUGAAAAUCAACCUAACCAAGAAAUCAAAAUAGAAUUAGAGUGCAAAGAUAUGAAGCCCAAUGUGAGUGUGUUGGUAACCGAUGAAAUACAAUCACCGUCGAUUAAAGUAGAAACCGAGAGAAUAGUAAAAUUUACCGACAGCAAACUGAAAAGAGAAAAUAUGAAAAUGCACACUCCAGUAAAUGAAAGUAAACAAUCUACCGAAUGUGAGGCAUGUUUCAAAAAAUUUAAUACUAAAGCAGCUCUGAAAAAGCAUACUAAUUCGGUGCAUAAUCGUAUUGCAAAGCCAUGUUACAUUUGUGGAAAAGCUUUUAAAACGAAAAAUUAUAUGAAAAGACAUAUUGAUUCGGUGCACAAUAAUUUAAAGUCUUACCACUGUGAUACAUGUGGAAAAUCAUUUACACAAAAAUAUACUCUGAAAAGACAUAAUGAUUCGGUGCACAAUAAUUCAAAGUCUUACCACUGUGAUACAUGUGGAAAGUCAUUUACACAAAAAUUUACUCUGAAAAGUCAUACUGAUUCGGUGCAUAAUAAGAUCACUCACGCAUGUGAUACAUGUGGCAAGAUAUUUUCACAAAAAGAUACUCUCAGGAAACAUGUCAAAGCGUUGCAUGGUUAUAAUAAUACUCCUACUUGCGAUUUAUGUAAAAAGACAUUUGCACGAAUGUAUAAUCUUAGAUUUCAUAUGGAUUCAGUGCAUAAUAAGAUAAUAACUCACCCAUGUGACACGUGCGGCAAGAUAUUUUCACGAAAAGAUCAUCUGAAAAGCCACGUGGAUUCGGUACAUAAUAAGAUAACUCACCCAUGUAAUACGUGCGGCAAGACAUUUUCACGAAAAAAUAAACGGAAAAUUCAUAUAGAUUUUGUGCAUAAAAAGAUCAAUUACUCGUGUGAAAUGUGUGGAAAUGCAUUUAAAAUGAAGAGCGAUCUGAACAUACAUAUUGAUUCAGUACAUAAUGGUAUCAAACAUCCAUGUCACAUCUGUAGAAAAUCAUUUACACAAAAGCGUAAUCUCAAAGCCCAUAUUGAUUCAGUGCAUAAUGAUCGGAAAUAUUACAAUUGCUAUGUAUAA